AUGGAGAUCUUCCACCAUCUCAACUUGAAAUUCUUCUUCUUCAUCAUCAUCAUCACUUCCUUGUUUUGCACAUCACUCGUUAUUGGUAUUGAUCCUCACUCAGAAGCCCUCCUGAGCUUGAAAUCUGAGUUCACAGACAACGACGGUAGCCUGAGUGAUUGGUUAGAGCCUUCUGGAGAAACCCCACCUGAGAAAAUCUAUGCAUGCUCAUGGUCAGGAGUGAAAUGCAACGAUAACUCGACAAAGGUCGAGGCUUUGGACCUGUCUUCGAAGAAUCUCGGAGGAAAUGCAUUGUCAGGGAAUCAGUUUGGAAUCUUCACCGACCUUGUGGAUCUCAACCUCAGUUACAACUCGUUCUCCGGCCAGCUUCCAGCGGGAAUCUUUAACCUUACGGGGCUAAAAAGCUUGGAUAUAAGCCGGAACAAUUUCUCCAGCCAGUUUCCAAGUGGGAUUUCCCGUCUCCAGAAUCUGGUUGUGCUUGAUGCAUUCAGCAACAGCUUUUCAGGGCAGCUGCCCGUUGAAGUCCCCCUGCUUCAGAAUCUCAAGGUUUUGAAUCUCGCCGGAAGUUAUUUCAGUGGACCGAUCCCGGCGGAGUAUGGUUCAUUCAAAAGUCUCGAGUUUAUCCACUUGGCGGGCAACUCACUUGAUGGGGAAAUCCCAGCAGAGCUCGGGAAGCUUAAAACGGUGAAGCAUAUGGAGAUAGGAUACAAUUCUUACCAGGGGAGUAUUCCAUGGGAGUUCGGUAACAUGAGUGAGCUUCAGUAUCUGGAUAUAGCAGGGGCGAAUCUGACUGGCUCCAUUCCAAGUCAACUCUCUAAUCUAACCAAGCUUGAGUCGUUGUUCCUCUUCAGAAACCAGCUCAGCGGACCAAUUCCAUGGGAAUUCAGCAGAAUUUUGCCUCUAGCAAGCUUGGAUCUUUCUGAUAACCAACUUUCUGGGGCCAUACCUGAGAGUUUUUCAGAGCUGAAGAACUUGAAACUGCUUAGUCUCAUGUAUAAUGACAUGAAUGGAAGUGUCCCAGAAGGGAUCUCAAAGCUUCCUUCACUGGAAACUCUUCUCAUAUGGAACAAUUUCUUUUCAGGUCCUCUUCCAGAGGACUUGGGAAAGAACUCAAACCUCCAAUGGGUGGAUGUUUCAACCAACAAUUUCGUUGGUGGAAUUCCAGAAGGCAUUUGUGCUGGAAAUGCUCUGUUCAAGUUGAUCCUUUUCUCAAACAAAUUCACAGGAAGCCUUGAACCAUCAAUCUCCAACUGCUCAUCCCUCGUUCGUCUAAGGCUAGAAGACAAUGCCUUCUCAGGGGAAAUUCCUCUGAAGUUCAGCCAACUUCCUGAGAUUACAUAUGUGGAUCUUUCGUUGAACAAUUUCACAGGUGGAUUUCCCAGGGAUAUUUCUCAAGCUCCUAAGUUGGAGUACUUCAACAUUUCGGACAAUCCAGCCCUUGGAGGCACAUUGCCUACGGAAAUAUGGUCAUCACCGGUUCUCCAAAACUUAUCUGCCUCAAAUUGUACUAUCUCAGGGGCUCUUCCACCAUUUGAGUCCUGCACGUCCAUUUCCUUCAUCGAGUUAGGAAUGAACAAGCUCCAUGGAAGCAUCCCUGUAAGUGUUUCAAACUGUAGAGCUCUUGUCCAAAUGGAUCUGUCCCAUAAUAAUUUGAGCGGGAAAAUACCGGAAAAGCUUGAUGAUUCUUCAACUCUAGUACUUCUAAAUGUAUCCUUCAACGAUAUCUCUGGUUCGAUUCCUUCCACCAACAUGUUUAGAGCAAUGGGUAGCAGCGCUUACGCAGGAAAUCCAAAACUAUGUGGAGCACCUCUCCAUCCAUGUUCAGGUUCGAUGACGAUAUUUGGUGGUAGAGGAACAAGGAAGCUUACAUGGGUGCUGUUAUUGUCUGCAGCUGUGGUUGUAUUAGUUUUGGCCCUGGCAUUAGGGGUAUUCUACAUCAGGAGAGAAGGCAAAGGUGAAUGGAAGAUGAUACCCUUUGCUGGACUCCCUCAAUUCACUGCAAGUGAUAUUCUUAAGGAAUUGUCUCCAUCAUCCGCUUCAGUUUGCCAAGCAGUGCUGCCAACAGGAAUAACAGUUUCAGCUAAAAAGGUCCAGCUGGAGGCGAAGACAAUGCAUGCCAGCAUGGAAUUGAUAAUGCAAAUUGGGAAUGCGAGGCACAAGAAUUUGGUAAGACUGCUUGGAGUGUGCCACAACAAGCACCUAGCUUACCUUUUGUGUGAUCACUUGCCAAAUGGGAGUUUGGCUGAGAAGGUGACCGAGAAGAGAGAUUGGGCAACCAAGUGCAAACUCAUCAUUGGGAUUGCUAGGGGGCUUUCCUUUCUUCACCAUGAUUGCUACCCUGCGAUUCCUCAUGGAGAUCUGAAGUCGAGUAAUGUGGUCUUCGACGAAAACAUGGAGCCUCGUUUAGCAGAAUUCGGGUUCAAGUGCCUGGCAGAAAUCAGUAGUGGCAAGUUUCCGGCAACAGUUUCCAGGAAAGAAACAGGUAAGCUUCAUACAUCCCAUGUUAGGACGGUAUUUUAUGAAAAGUCAGACAAAGCAGACCUUCAAUCAAAAGUCAUACAAUGCAAGAAUAAUUUGGAUUCACUCCGUGGCUUUCACCUAUUAUAUGCUGAGUCACACAAGUACAAUCCAAAAAGUUGUUGUUUGUCCUCUACAAACACCAGACAAGCAGACAUAGUAUUACAGUAA